UUGCGGCUGCGAGGAGGCCGGGACUGGUUCCUCCAUCAGCGCAGAGCCACCUGGAGUAAGUCUCUGGACCCCCUUCUGUGGGGGGCAGGGGAGGACUGACCUUUUUCCUCCACCCAGGAGGACCCGGGCUCGGCCUACGUGGUAAUUUUGCCAGUCUGCGGCAAAAGAGGAAAGCGAUCCUUCGGCCAUGUUGGAGGCCGCCUCUGUACGCAAAGUAAAGAUGGAAGAACGGAACUUAGCAGGCCUUGAAUUAGGGAAAUCCCCUAGUACCAUUCCAGAUAGGAGCAGUGAAGGAUUUGGGGAAUCAGCUUUGCAGAGGAUCCAGGCUGAGGACAACCCCAGACCAGAGGCACACCGCCAGAGCUUCCGGCAGUUCAGCUAUGAGGAAGCUGAAGGCCCCCGGAAGGUUUGCAGCCGCCUCCACGACCUCUGCCGUCAGUGGCUAAAGCCGGAGCGACACACCAAGGCUCAGAUGAUGGACUUGGUGAUCCUGGAGCAGUUUCUGACUGUCCUGCCCCCGGAGAUGGAGAGCUGGGUGAGGGAAUGUGAGCCGGAGACCAGUUUCCAAGCGGUGGCCCUGGUAGAAAGUUUCCUCCUGGGUCAGGCAGAGGACACAAAGCAGGAAGAGCGGCAGGACGUGUUUGCCGAUGAGGCCACGAAUAUGGAGUCAGGGGAGACUCCAUCACACGCCAGGCAGAGGUCGUUGCCCAGGUGGAUUGUCCAGGAGGUGGACAAAGGGGGCACCUCACUAGGAGGUGAUUGGUGUGACAACGAGAAUGAAGGAGAACCACUCAGGGUGUUGUUGGAAACAACCAGAUAUAAACUGGUGGAAGAGCAGAGGACAAGAACUGAAGCAAAGGAGAAGAGGCAAGAUGAAACCUCUGGUUCUCAGGGUAAUGACACCCGUGAAACCACAGUCCAGGAAAUAAUACAUAAAGGAAAAGAAAGGUGUAAGUGCCUUCUGUGUGGGAAUAGCUUCAAUUGCAUCUCAUGCCUUAAUUUCAACAGGGGAACUCACACAGGGGAGAAAUCUUUCAAAUGCUGUAAAUGUGGAAAGACCAUCAUUAGGGAAAAUCUUCCUUCUCAUCAAAGAAUUCACCAAGUGGAGAAACCAUUUAAUAGUCUGGAAUGUGGGAAGAGCAUACGUUGGGACGAGUCGGUUACUUUACAUCAGUGUAUUCACACUCGGGAGAAGGCAUUUAAAUGCUUAGAGUGUGAAAAAAGACUCCCGCAGAAGAUACGCCUCACUCCUCAUCAAGUCACUCAGACAGUGAAGAAAUCAUUUAAAUGCUCGGAGUGUGGAAAGAGCUUUAGUCGGCACUUACAUCUUAUGUCACACCAAAGAAUCCACACAGGAGAGAAACCAUUUAAAUGCUCGGAGUGUGGAAAGAGCUUCACUCAGAACUCACAACUUAUGACGCACGAAAGAAUCCACACAGGGGAGAAACCAUUUAAAUGCUUGGAGUGUGGAAAAAGCUUCAAUCGGACCUCGCACCUUAUGGAACACCAAAGAAUCCACACAGGGGAAAAACCGUUCAAAUGCUCAGAGUGUGGAAAGAGCUAUUUUUGGAGACACUCCCUUAUUUCACAUCAAAGAAUUCACACCGGGGGGAAAUGAUGUAAACAUUUAGACUAGAAAGAGAUUUUUGUUGGGUAACUCCUUUAUUUUUUGUCAAUGAAUUCACACAGGGGGGGAAAUAUAUAAAAUCAUGAUGUGUGGAAAGAGCUUCAGGUAGAAAGAGAACUUUAGUACUUUUUAAGGGUUUACUCAGGAUACACUAGAGUUCAGCAUGAGUUAUAGAGAAAGCCUUAAAACAAUAAAAGACUGUCCGUAGAGGGAAACCAUGCUUGAAUUGUGGAGAGAUCUUCCAUGAGAACUCAUCCCUGACUAAAGAUCCUUCUGAAACCAAACUAAUUCUUCCAAGUGUAGAAAUCCCAUCAGAUCCAAGGGUCACAUCACUUCAAAUAGUCCAUACAUGGGUGAAUCCUAGCAGAAGAAAGAGAACUGUAGAAAGGAGGGAGGGGGACCUUCAUGUUUAGAGGAAGUGUAUGAAUAAAUAGACUGUGCAGAAUACUAUUACUUGCACCUUGAGCCCAAACACAGAAUCCACAAUUGGAGCUGACAGUAUAAAUGCUCAGAGAUCUGCAAAUCCCCAAGUUAUAUUGUGGAUGAGUGAAUCUGCUGAGCAAAAGUUCGGUUGAGACCAUCAGCUUACUCAUCAUACUAAGGUCAUGAAUAGGGUCUGGAGCAUCUCUCCUAUGAGAGAAGGUUGCAACAGCUGGGAUUGUUUAGCUUGGAAAAAAGGAGGCUAAGAGGAGACAUGAUAGAGGUGUGCAAAAUUAUGCAUGGUGUGGAGAAUGUGGAUAGGGAGACAUUUCUCUCCCUCUCUCAAAAUAUUAGAACCAGGGGACAUCUCAUAAAGCUGAUGGGUGGGAGAUUCAGGGCAGAUGAAAGGAAGGACUUCACACAGCACAGAGUUAAAUUAUGGAACUCAGUACCACGAGAUGUAGUGAUGGCCACCAAUUUGGAUGGCUUUAAAAGGGGGUUGGAUAAAUUCCAGGAGAAGAAGGCUAUCGAUGGCUACUAGCCCUGAUGGUUAUGUGCUACCUCCAGUAUCAGAGGCAGUAAGCCUGUGUGUGCUAGUUGCUGGGGAACAUGGGCUGGAGGGUGCUGUUGCGCCAUGUCCUACUUUGUUGGUCCCUGGUCGAUGGCUGGUUGGGCACUGUGUGAACAGAGUGAUGGACUAGAUCAGCGGUUCUCAACCUGUGGGUCGGGACCCCUUUGGGGGUCGAACGACCCUUUUACAGGGGUCGCCUAAGACCAUCGGAAAACACAUAUUUCCUAUGGUCUUAGGAAACGAGACAUUUCAUUUAUUUGUAAUUAGAAAUAAAUAUUUCACAAUAUAUAAUUACAUAUUGUUUUUGUGAUCACUAUGCUUUAAUUAUGUUCAAUUUGUAACAAUGAAAAUACAUCCUGCAUAUCAGAUAUUUACAUUACGAUUCAUAACAGUAGAAAAAUUACAGUUAUGAAGUAGCAACGAAAAUAAUUUUAUGGUUGGGGGGGUCACCACAACAUGAGGAACUGUAUUAAAGGGUCGCGGUAUUAGGAAGGUUGAGAACCACUGGACUAGAUAGACCCUCAGUCUGAUCCAGCAGGGCUCUUCUGAUGUUCUUAGAAUAAUGUGCUUGGGCAUCUUUGGUGAAUGAACCAUGACUCUUAGCAACUCAAUUCAACUCCACCACCAUUGGAAGAGAUAAUCCAUAAGGAAUUUAGGUCACUUCAUUGUGGGGUGAAAAGAUGACUAAGGGUGUAAUCCUAUGCAUGCUUAGACAGGAAAGAAAGUCCCACAACUCCCAACUUUCCCCAGCCAGCAGGGUGCAUCUGAGGGAUUUCUGCUCAACGCAGAUGCAUUUAGUAUGGUUCGAGGAAGGGAUGUUGCUAGGGAGCUUCCUAUUAGCAUUAAUGGUCUUUUUCUAAACUUAAUUGCUGGGUGAAGGGAUUUUCAGGGUGCACAGGGAUGGGGGUAUUAACCCUUCCCUCCCCAGCUGCAAUUCCCCAUGAAAAUUGCCCCCUACAUGGCAAUUAAACUGAAAAAAAUAUCUUCCAUUUGCAGCAGUGGUCACAUAGGGAAUAGACUCAGGGCCAUGGGAAAUAGUUUCGGGGCCCAUUCCCCAUGAACCCAGUCCUAACAAAGCUGCUGGUUCAGGGUCUAACGGGGUUCCGUUCUAUCCCCCAUGCUGUUUUACAUCUACGUUGAACCACUGAGUGAGCUUUUCUAGGGACUUACUGUGCCUUGUCGUCUGUAUGCGGGCGACGCGUAGCUCGUUCUCCUUUUCAUCCCCUUCUGGUGUGGCCGCGUGAGUGCUGAAUCAGUACCUCUCCAUGAAAAUGAACUUGAAUGCCCUAACCCUAAAGUAAGGGUCACGGAACCUCUAGCUUAUGCCACCCUUUUCAAAUCCUGCCCCCUCUUACUUUUGAAUCUGUUUUCCCCGCUCCCAUUCUGGUGUUUCUCUGUUUUCUUUUUCUCUUUAAAUUGGGCACUGAAAAAGGCUCCCAGAGCUCAGAGAGGAACUGCUUUUCUCUGUUCAUGUGUGCUGGAGUGGCUACGGUGUCGGACUGGGAGUCAGGAGAUGCGGGUUCUAGUCCCCACUCAGCCAUGGAAGCUCAUUGGGUGACUUUGGGCCAGUCACAGACUCUCAGCCCAACCUACCUCUUCACACAGCGCAUAGUUAAAUUAUGGAACUCUCUAACACAAGAUGUAGUGAUGGCCACCCAUUUGGAUUGCUUUCAAAGGGGGUUGGAUACAUUCCUGGAGGCAAAGGCUAUCAACACCCUGAUGGACGUGUGCUACCUCCAGUAUUCGAGGCAGUAAGUCUGUGUGCACCAGUUGCUGAGGAACAUGGGCUGUUGCACCGUGUCCUGCUUGUUCAUCCCUGGCUGAUGGCUGGUUGGCCACUGUGUGAACAGAGUGCUGGACUAGAUGGACCCUUGGUCUGAUCCAGCAUGGCUCUUCUUAUGUUCUUACCUUGAAGGGUUGUUGUUGUGAGGAUAAAAUGGAGACGAGGAGGGUUAUGUAUGCCACCUUGGGUUCCUUGGAGGAAAAAAGGUGGGAUAUAAAUGCAAUAGUAAAAAAAUAAAUAUUGCACCAGUCCUUCCCUUUGCUGGUUUUGGAUUCAUUUGGGAGCCCAAUUCAAAAAGUGCUGGGGUUUACCUAUAAAGCACUGCACAGCUUGGAAACUCCAUAUCUUAAGAAUGGCGUUAAAAAGCCUGGGUGAACAGAAAGAUCUUUGCCUGGUGCCAGAAAGGUGUAUGUACAUACCCAUGCCUUAAGAUCAUCAACGGAGUUCCUUGUCUGAGUUCCUCCUCCAAUUGAAGCAGGGAGCAUGGCAAUGAAACACAUGGCCUUUUCACUGGUGGCUUCCCAAUUUUGAACAGUAUCCCUAAAGACGCCUGCCUUGCACCUACUAAAACAUCUUUUUGUCACCAGGGAAAUAUCUUUUUGUCCAUCCAGAUUUUAUUUUUUAACUUACUCUUUUUAAAAAUCUGUAACCGUUUGUGAAAGUUUAGAUUUAUUAUUUUUAAGUUUGAUAUGAAUGUUGGUCUCUGUUUUGACUUCUUCUGAUAUAUAUUUUUAACCCUAGGGCUGUAGCUCUCCACAUGUCUCUCUCUUCUGGAGUUGUAUCAAUCUAUGGUAUAUUACUUUGUUUUAUGUUUUUGAUUUAAUUUUAUGAUACCUAGAGGACUAGAUUGAUAGGCUGCAA